AUGACUUGCCACGAUAUACAUGAUACAAAGUGCAGUACCAGAGUGCGUCUUCGUGGUACCGACAGCACUUCAUAUCAAGGAAGAGUAGAGAUUUACUACAAUGGUACAUGGGGUACUGUCUGUGACGAUUUCUUUGACAACGAUGAAGCAAAAGUGAUAUGUCGAAUGUUGGGUUUCCGGAAAGGCGGGAAGGCAUUCAGGAGCGCACGUUUUGGCAAAGGGAGUGGGCAAAUAUGGCUAGAUAAUGUCAAUUGUUCCCUACACAGUAUACAACGUGACAUAUCGGAGUGUACACAUGACGGCUGGGGAAUUCAUAACUGUAAUCACGGUGAAGACGCUGGAGUUUCGUGUAAUUUCCUGGAUAUUCGUCUUACAAAUGGAACAAGUGAUAACAACGGGCGAGUGGAGGUCUAUCAUGGCGAGUCCUGGGGCACAAUAUGUGACGAUGGCUGGAAUACUGAUGCUUCGAGGGUUGUUUGUCGUCAGCUUGGAUACAGGGACCAGUUAUAUUAUAACAGAAGUGGGACUUAUGGAAAUGGGAAAGGACGUAUCUUAAUGGAUGAUGUUAACUGUUCCCUUGGGUACAUACCAGAAAAGAUAUGGAACUGCAGCUUUAGAGGCUGGGGUGUGGAAAAUUGUAAACACAAUGAAGAUGUUGGAGUGAAAUGCGUUGAAAACUCUGUAAGACUGAUAGGUGGGAGAACAUCUAAUAGAGGACGAGUGGAGAUUCUUCAAAAUGGCGAAUGGGGAACAAUUUGUGAUAACGGUUUUGGAAUGGAAGAAGCACAGAUUGUUUGUAACAUGCUCCGAUACAAGAACGGACAUCCGUAUUCAUUUUUCGACCCAAGUAAUGGAUCAAUUUACGUCGACAACCUUGAAUGUCCAGCAAGGCACUAUAGAUCUAGACAGCCUUUAAAACUUGGAGAUAUGAUAUGCGCCUUUGAUGGAUGGGGUCUUCACAGUUGUAGCCAUCAAGAAGAUGUCGGUGUUUGGUGUGGCUCACGAAGAAAGGAAAUUGGCAUCGUUGAAGGGAAAGCAAAUUCGGGCAGAAUCAAAGUCUAUGAUGGUAAUGCGUUCGGAACACUUUGUAAAGCAUCUCAAGAUCCCUCUACCGCUGACACCCUCUGUAGAUUCCUUGGAUAUGUGUAUGUAUAA